AUGGGUAAGGAGGGAGUGGGCGGCCACACGGCGGUGGUGAGAGCGCCCGACGGAGAGAUCAAAACGUUCCCAUUAUCGAAAAAGGAUAAAGGAGAGGCACUAUUCUGUCAAGUGACACGGGAUCUUUCGAUCGAGGAAAAAGAGUAUUUCUCUCUUUGUUUCUAUGAUCGAGAAGGCAUCAGGCACUGGCUCUACAACGAUAAACCGAUUCAAAAACAGCUUAAAGAUUUACCUUGGGAGUUCUCGUACGAAGUGAAAUUCUACCCGACACAGCCAACAUCAUUGACUGACGACAAUGCUCGAUACAAUCUCUAUCAACAGCUCAGAAGAGAAAUCGUCACCGGGAGACUUCCCGCUUCAAUCGAAUCGCACGCGAUCCUUGGCGGCUUACAAGUUCAAGCAGAUGUCGGUGAUGUACAGCAAUCAGCCGAAUAUGAGAACUAUCUGCAGACCACUCAGUUCUCACCGUAUCCAGAGAGUGGACUUGUGGCGAAAAUUCGAGACGAACACGUCAAGCACAAAGGUCAAACUCAAGACGAGGCGAUUCUCGGCUAUUUGGACACUUGUCGGCAGCUUUCCAUGUACGGAGUGUUCCUCUUUUCGGCAAAGGAUGAAAAGGACAAUGCGGUGAACAUCGGCAUUUGCGCGAGUGGGAUCAAUAUUUAUCGAGAACAGGCUCGUCUUCACAAAUUCUCUUGGCAACACAUCAUCAAGAUCAGCUUCCGAAAGAGCAACUUUUCGAUUGAAUUGAAACCGGGACAGCUCUCAAAGAAGUCGACCACUGUCAGCUACACGACCCCAUCUUACUAUCACGCAAAGCGAUGCUGGAAAUGCGGAGUUGAGCACCAUACUUUCUUCAGAUUGAUGCAACCCGAGGACAAGCCGAAGCCCGGCCUUUUCCACUUUGGAUCCACUCGUUUCCAGUACCAUGGUCGUACUCAAUUUCAGACGAAAAUGGCCAGUCAGUUAUUCGAUCGACCCGGCUCGGCCACCGUCCCAAGAAGCCAAGUUCCAGGCACGAGAAUCUCACAAUCGCUGGAUAAUGUCGCUGUACAACAAGCCGGCACGCACUACGAUGUCACCGGAACACAGUCCACCGAUCGCCAAACCCAUGCGGCGCUUGUGCAGCAUCACGCCCGUAAACGUGAGGUGAAGGUUAGUGAACUGACAUCGGACGACGAGCUCGUCUAUCUGCCCGUUGAGUCACCCCUGUCGGCCGCGUAUUACACUUACGAGGGCGUUUCACCCCCAUCGACGCUUGCUUCGACGCAGCGUGAUCGUGGUGUGCGCUUCGAGUCAACUCCGCGAGCUGCAUGCCCGGCUGAGUCUCGAAAACGCGUCCGACGUAACUUGUUUGGCGUCUCGUGGUCUCCAUCGAAGAAAUCCCAUGACACUGCUGCCGUUCUUCUCACCGCUCACAUGCCUGCUACUCCGGAAGAGGUGACUAAUCUCGAGCGUUCUGAUGAAUUCCCCGAAAUUCCCAUUGCUACCCGUUCAUCUGUUUAUAAUAAAGGUUUUUAUGAGCAAUUGUCAAAGAUUGAAGUCGAUCCGCUGAAAACUUCUGUGCAUGAGGCGAAUCAAGAUGAUUUGGAGAAAAGAAAUGAGAUGCCUGGCUAUCCGAUUCGAUAUUUUGUUGAUGUGAAACAUUCUGGUCAAUUUGAUAAGCACCGCAUUGCUCGCCUAAAACACGCUGGCAGCGAGGACGAGUUAGAGUCGGCAAAGAUCGAUUACAAGAACUAUCUAUUUCCAACGAUUGAAAAAUCGAGUGUGGGCAGAUUGGAGAAAAGUGCGGAUGUUGAAUCAUCACAUAUCAUCGAACACGUGCAAAUGAAGAGAGCCACGGAAAAACCCAAGGCCAAGAAGAGAAAGUUGGGAAAAAGAGAUUCCGUGGAGUCCAGAUCAAGCACAGACUCAAACUCAAGCUCUAAGCAACGCUCAAAGUUAGAAUCGACCGAGUCUCGCUUCUUGAAAUUUUUGCGUAACAUCAGUCCGCAGAGAAAUCGAGAGACAGCCACUCAGUCCAGUCGAUAUCAUUACAUCAGCCCAGAUCGGUAUGAUGGUCCGUUGCAAUCCAUUCCAAAACAUGUGGAACUUGAAGAAACUCCAUUCAGAAAGAUUGCACACCCGAAGACAAGUUCUCAACGAAUCCGUUCCUCAAAAAAGUCCGCUCCUAUUGUGACCAAAGUGAAAACGCAAGAAUAUCAUAUUUAUGGGCGAUUUCAGAAAACCGUCGAGGAUGAAGAGUUUGUAAAGCUCGAAAAGCUUGAACGUGGACUUGCUCAAACAAUGAACAUUUCCAAAGUACUCCCCAAAACGGAGUCGCCUGCUGAAUCUGAUUCCCCAGUCAUUCGAGGCAAAACUGUCGUUUACCUCAAAGAGGUGCCGAAGGAGAUUCAAGAACAGCCCUCGGAAUGUGUGAAACAUGAGGAGGAAGAGAAUAAGAAGAAACGCGAUUGGGGCUUCCACCUACCCUCGUUCAAAAUCGGAGGAAGCAGAAGGUCGACCAAAGAAGGCGAAGAGCCCUAUCCAAUCGUUUCUGAACCUUAUGAAGGCCCACUCGACUCUGUGGAUCGUGAGAACGAUCUCGAGAGACUUCCAUUUGAGACACGAGUACCAGGCCAACCGACAACACCGACCAGUCGCUUUUUCCUGUUUGGCCCAGUCCGCCACGGAGGUGAAGAAGGUACGGGGCACGAAGCCAGCACCUACGGACCCCCACCCUAUGAGGGCCCCCGAAGGUUCCCGCGAAGCUCGGUGCCCCACCUCUUGGUGAACAGCGGCCCCCCAGGGUCUUGGCUUACCGCUAGGAGGGAAAAGCCAGAGCUGGAAAUGAGGCCGAGAACGGCUGUCGUUUAUCUCAAAGAGGUGCAAGGUGAAGAAAACGAGGAAACACACGACGAGAAGGAGAAUAAGAAGAAACGCGAUUGGGGCUUCCACCUACCCUCGUUCAAAAUCGGAGGAAGCAGAAGGUCGACCAAAGAAGGCGAAGAGCCCUAUCCAAUCGUUUCUGAACCUUAUGAAGGCCCACUCGACUCUGUGGAUCGUGAGAACGAUCUCGAGAGACUUCCAUUUGAGACCGAGCCAGCAACCGACAACACCGAAGUCGUUGCUGUGCCCAGUGGUGAGGAAGUGGAAAUGACGAGAACGGCUGUCGUUUACCUCAAAGAGGUGCCAGGUGAAGAGAACGAGGAAACACACGACGAGAAGGAGAAUAAGAAGAAACGCGAUUGGGGCUUCCACCUACCCUCGUUCAAAAUCGGAGGAAGCAGAAGGUCGACCAAAGAAGGCGAAGAGCCCUAUCCAAUCGUUUCUGAACCUUAUGAAGGCCCACUCGACUCUGUGGAUCGUGAGAACGAUCUGGAAAAAAUCCCACUUGACACCACUCCAGUACCAGAGUCCAAAACAACAACAAUCACCACCACUCGUCGCUUUUUCCUGUUUGGCCGAGUCCGCCACGAAGGUGAAGAAGAGGUUAUCGAGCAAGAGCACGUGAAGCCAGACACCUACGGACUAGCUACCACAUCUUAUGAGGGUCCACUCGAAGAGUUGCCACGCGAAGAUGACCUCGGUGCCUCACCUCUUGGUGAACAUGCGGCUGUCUACCAUCAAGGUGAUUCUUGGCUUACCGCUAACGAGCAGAAGAAGAAAAAGACCAAGAAAGACAAAGCCGCUUCCCCAACCAUGCCGGAAAUUGAAGAGUCCAAGCAAACCGCUGUUGUCUAUCUCAAAGAGGUGCCAGGUGAAGAGAACGAGGAAACACACGACGAGAAGGAGAAUAAGAAGAAACGCGAUUGGGGCUUCCACCUACCCUCGUUCAAAAUCGGAGGAAGCAGAAGGUCGACCAAAGAAGGCGAAGAGCCCUAUCCAAUCGUUUCUGAACCUUAUGAAGGCCCACUCGACUCUGUGGAUCGUGAGAACGAUCUGGAAAAAAUCCCACUUGACACCACUCCAGUACCAGAGUCCAAAACAACAACAAUCACCACCACUCGUCGCUUUUUCUUGUUUGGCCGAGUCCGCCACGAAGGUGAAGAAGAGGUUAUCGAGCAAGAGCACGUAAAGCCAGACACCUACGGACUAGCUACCACAUCUUAUGAGGGUCCACUCGAAGAGUUGCCACGCGAAGAUGACCUCGGUGCCUCACCUCUUGGUGAACAUGCGGCUGUCUACCAUCAAGGUGAUUCUUGGCUUACCGCUAACGAGCAGAAGAAGAAAAAGACCAAGAAAGACAAAGCCGCUUCCCCAACCAUGCCGGAAAUUGAAGAGUCCAAGCAAACCGCUGUUGUCUAUCUCAAAGAGGUGCAAGGUGAAGAAAACGAGGAAACACACGACGAGAAGGAGAAUAAGAAGAAACGCGAUUGGGGCUUCCACCUACCCUCGUUCAAAAUCGGAGGAAGCAGAAGGUCGACCAAAGAAGGCGAAGAGCCCUAUCCAAUCGUUUCUGAACCUUAUGAAGGCCCACUCGACUCUGUGGAUCGUGAGAACGAUCUCGAGAGACUUCCAUUUGAGACCGAGCCAGCAACCGACAACACCGAAGUCGUUGCUGUGCCCAGUGGUGAGGAAGUGGAAAUGACGAGAACGGCUGUCGUUUACCUCAAAGAGGUGCCAGGUGAAGAGAACGAGGAAACACACGACGAGAAGGAGAAUAAGAAGAAACGCGAUUGGGGCUUCCACCUACCCUCGUUCAAAAUCGGAGGAAGCAGAAGGUCGACCAAAGAAGGCGAAGAGCCCUAUCCAAUCGUUUCUGAACCUUAUGAAGGCCCACUCGACUCUGUGGAUCGUGAGAACGAUCUGGAAAAAAUCCCACUUGACACCACUCCAGUACCAGAGUCCAAAACAACAACAAUCACCACCACUCGUCGCUUUUUCCUGUUUGGCCGAGUCCGCCACGAAGGUGAAGAAGAGGUUAUCGAGCAAGAGCACGUAAAGCCAGACACCUACGGACUAGCUACCACAUCUUAUGAGGGUCCACUCGAAGAGUUGCCACGCGAAGAUGACCUCGGUGCCUCACCUCUUGGUGAACAUGCGGCUGUCUACCAUCAAGGUGAUUCUUGGCUUACCGCUAACGAGCAGAAGAAGAAAAAGACCAAGAAAGACAAAGCCGCUUCCCCAACCAUGCCGGAAAUUGAAGAGUCCAAGCAAACCGCUGUUGUCUAUCUCAAAGAGGUGCAAGGUGAAGAAAACGAGGAAACACACGACGAGAAGGAGAAUAAGAAGAAACGCGAUUGGGGCUUCCACCUACCCUCGUUCAAAAUCGGAGGAAGCAGAAGGUCGACCAAAGAAGGCGAAGAGCCCUAUCCAAUCGUUUCUGAACCUUAUGAAGGCCCACUCGACUCUGUGGAUCGUGAGAACGAUCUCGAGAGACUUCCAUUUGAGACCGAGCCAGCAACCGACAACACCGAAGUCGUUGCUGUGCCCAGUGGUGAGGAAGUGGAAAUGACGAGAACGGCUGUCGUUUACCUCAAAGAGGUGCCAGGUGAAGAGAACGAGGAAACACACGACGAGAAGGAGAAUAAGAAGAAACGCGAUUGGGGCUUCCACCUACCCUCGUUCAAAAUCGGAGGAAGCAGAAGGUCGACCAAAGAAGGCGAAGAGCCCUAUCCAAUCGUUUCUGAACCUUAUGAAGGCCCACUCGACUCUGUGGAUCGUGAGAACGAUCUGGAAAAAAUCCCACUUGACACCACUCCAGUACCAGAGUCCAAAACAACAACAAUCACCACCACUCGUCGCUUUUUCUUGUUUGGCCGAGUCCGCCACGAAGGUGAAGAAGAGGUUAUCGAGCAAGAGCACGUAAAGCCAGACACCUACGGACUAGCUACCACAUCUUAUGAGGGUCCACUCGAAGAGUUGCCACGCGAAGAUGACCUCGGUGCCUCACCUCUUGGUGAACAUGCGGCUGUCUACCAUCAAGGUGAUUCUUGGCUUACCGCUAACGAGCAGAAGAAGAAAAAGACCAAGAAAGACAAAGCCGCUUCCCCAACCAUGCCGGAAAUUGAAGAGUCCAAGCAAACCGCUGUUGUCUAUCUCAAAGAGGUGCAAGGUGAAGAAAACGAGGAAACACACGACGAGAAGGAGAAUAAGAAGAAACGCGAUUGGGGCUUCCACCUACCCUCGUUCAAAAUCGGAGGAAGCAGAAGGUCGACCAAAGAAGGCGAAGAGCCCUAUCCAAUCGUUUCUGAACCUUAUGAAGGCCCACUCGACUCUGUGGAUCGUGAGAACGAUCUCGAGAGACUUCCAUUUGAGACCGAGCCAGCAACCGACAACACCGAAGUCGUUGCUGUGCCCAGUGGUGAGGAAGUGGAAAUGACGAGAACGGCUGUCGUUUACCUCAAAGAGGUGCCAGGUGAAGAGAACGAGGAAACACACGACGAGAAGGAGAAUAAGAAGAAACGCGAUUGGGGCUUCCACCUACCCUCGUUCAAAAUCGGAGGAAGCAGAAGGUCGACCAAAGAAGGCGAAGAGCCCUAUCCAAUCGUUUCUGAACCUUAUGAAGGCCCACUCGACUCUGUGGAUCGUGAGAACGAUCUGGAGAAAAUCCCACUUGACACCACUCCAGACCAGAGUCCAAAACAACAACAAUCACCACCACUCGUCGCUUUUCCUGUUUGGCCGAGUCGCCACGAAGGACUAGCUACCACAUCUUAUGAGGGUCCACUCGAAGAGUUGCCACGCGAAGAUGACCUCGGUGCCUCACCUCUUGGUGAACAUGCGGCUGUCUACCAUCAAGAGGUGCAAGGUGAAGAAAACGAGGAAACACACGACGAGAAGGAGAAUAAGAAGAAACGCGAUUGGGGCUUCCACCUACCCUCGUUCAAAAUCGGAGGAAGCAGAAGGUCGACCAAAGAAGGCGAAGAGCCCUAUCCAAUCGUUUCUGAACCUUAUGAAGGCCCACUCGACUCUGUGGAUCGUGAGAACGAUCUCGAGAGACUUCCAUUUGAGACCGAGCCAGCAACCGACAACACCGAAGUCGUUGCUGUGCCCAGUGGUGAGGAAGUGGAAAUGACGAGAACGGCUGUCGUUUACCUCAAAGAGGUGCCAGGUGAAGAGAACGAGGAAACACACGACGAGAAGGAGAAUAAGAAGAAACGCGAUUGGGGCUUCCACCUACCCUCGUUCAAAAUCGGAGGAAGCAGAAGGUCGACCAAAGAAGGCGAAGAGCCCUAUCCAAUCGUUUCUGAACCUUAUGAAGGCCCACUCGACUCUGUGGAUCGUGAGAACGAUCUGGAAAAAUCCCACUUGACACCACUCCAGUACCAGAGUCCAAAACAACAACAAUCACCACCACUCGUCGCUUUUUCUUGUUUGGCCGAGUCCGCCACGAAGGUGAAGAAGAGAGUUGCCACGCGAGAUGACCUCGGUGCCUCACCUCUUGGUGAACAUGCGGCUGUCUACCAUCAAGGUGAUUCUUGGCUUACCGCUAACGAGCAGAAGAAGAAAAAGACCAAGAAAGACAAAGCCGCUUCCCCAACCAUGCCGGAAAUUGAAGAGUCCAAGCAAACCGCUGUUGUCUAUCUCAAAGAGGUGCAAGGUGAAGAAAACGAGGAAACACACGACGAGAAGGAGAAUAAGAAGAAACGCGAUUGGGGCUUCCACCUACCCUCGUUCAAAAUCGGAGGAAGCAGAAGGUCGACCAAAGAAGGCGAAGAGCCCUAUCCAAUCGUUUCUGAACCUUAUGAAGGCCCACUCGACUCUGUGGAUCGUGAGAACGAUCUCGAGAGACUUCCAUUUGAGACCGAGCCAGCAACCGACAACACCGAAGUCGUUGCUGUGCCCAGUGGUGAGGAAGUGGAAAUGACGAGAACGGCUGUCGUUUACCUCAAAGAGGUGCCAGGUGAAGAGAACGAGGAAACACACGACGAGAAGGAGAAUAAGAAGAAACGCGAUUGGGGCUUCCACCUACCCUCGUUCAAAAUCGGAGGAAGCAGAAGGUCGACCAAAGAAGGCGAAGAGCCCUAUCCAAUCGUUUCUGAACCUUAUGAAGGCCCACUCGACUCUGUGGAUCGUGAGAACGAUCUGGAAAAAAUCCCACUUGACACCACUCCAGUACCAGAGUCCAAAACAACAACAAUCACCACCACUCGUCGCUUUUUCCUGUUUGGCCGAGUCCGCCACGAAGGUGAAGAAGAGGUUAUCGAGCAAGAGCACGUGAAGCCAGACACCUACGGACUAGCUACCACAUCUUAUGAGGGUCCACUCGAAGAGUUGCCACGCGAAGAUGACCUCGGUGCCUCACCUCUUGGUGAACAUGCGGCUGUCUACCAUCAAGGUGAUUCUUGGCUUACCGCUAACGAGCAGAAGAAGAAAAAGACCAAGAAAGACAAAGCCGCUUCCCCAACCAUGCCGGAAAUUGAAGAGUCCAAGCAAACCGCUGUUGUCUAUCUCAAAGAGGUGCAAGGUGAAGAAAACGAGGAAACACACGACGAGAAGGAGAAUAAGAAGAAACGCGAUUGGGGCUUCCACCUACCCUCGUUCAAAAUCGGAGGAAGCAGAAGGUCGACCAAAGAAGGCGAAGAGCCCUAUCCAAUCGUUUCUGAACCUUAUGAAGGCCCACUCGACUCUGUGGAUCGUGAGAACGAUCUCGAGAGACUUCCAUUUGAGACCGAGCCAGCAACCGACAACACCGAAGUCGUUGCUGUGCCCAGUGGUGAGGAAGUGGAAAUGACGAGAACGGCUGUCGUUUACCUCAAAGAGGUGCCAGGUGAAGAGAACGAGGAAACACACGACGAGAAGGAGAAUAAGAAGAAACGCGAUUGGGGCUUCCACCUACCCUCGUUCAAAAUCGGAGGAAGCAGAAGGUCGACCAAAGAAGGCGAAGAGCCCUAUCCAAUCGUUUCUGAACCUUAUGAAGGCCCACUCGACUCUGUGGAUCGUGAGAACGAUCUCGAGAGACUUCCAUUUGAGACCGAGCCAGCAACCGACAACACCGAAGUCGUUGCUGUGCCCAGUGGUGAGGAAGUGGAAAUGACGAGAACCGCUGUCGUUUACCUCAAAGAGGUGCCAGGUGAAGAGAACGAGGAAACACACGACGAGAAGGAGAAUAAGAAGAAACGCGAUUGGGGCUUCCACCUACCCUCGUUCAAAAUCGGAGGAAGCAGAAGGUCGACCAAAGAAGGCGAAGAGCCCUAUCCAAUCGUUUCUGAACCUUAUGAAGGCCCACUCGACUCUGUGGAUCGUGAGAACGAUCUCGAGAGACUUCCAUUUGAGACCGAGCCAGCAACCGACAACACCGAAGUCGUUGCUGUGCCCAGUGGUGAGGAAGUGGAAAUCACGAGAACGGCUGUCGUUUACCUCAAAGAGGUGCCAGGUGAAGAGAACGAGGAAACACACGACGAGAAGGAGAAUAAGAAGAAACGCGAUUGGGGCUUCCACCUACCCUCGUUCAAAAUCGGAGGAAGCAGAAGGUCGACCAAAGAAGGCGAAGAGCCCUAUCCAAUCGUUUCUGAACCUUAUGAAGGCCCACUCGACUCUGUGGAUCGUGAGAACGAUCUCGAGAGACUUCCAUUUGAGACCGAGCCAGCAACCGACAACACCGAAGUCGUUGCUGUGCCCAGUGGUGAGGAAGUGGAAAUGACGAGAACCGCUGUCGUUUACCUCAAAGAGGUGCCAGGUGAAGAAAACGAGGAAACACACGACGAGAAGGAGAAUAAGAAGAAACGCGAUUGGGGCUUCCACCUACCCUCGUUCAAAAUCGGAGGAAGCAGAAGGUCGACCAAAGAAGGCGAAGAGCCCUAUCCAAUCGUUUCUGAACCUUAUGAAGGCCCACUCGACUCUGUGGAUCGUGAGAACGAUCUGGAAAAAAUCCCACUUGACACCACUCCAGUACCAGAGUCCAAAACAACAACAAUCACCACCACUCGUCGCUUUUUCCUGUUUGGCCGAGUCCGCCACGAAGGUGAAGAAGAGGUUAUCGAGCAAGAGCACGUAAAGCCAGACACCUACGGACUAGCUACCACAUCUUAUGAGGGUCCACUCGAAGAGUUGCCACGCGAAGAUGACCUCGGUGCCUCACCUCUUGGUGAACAUGCGGCUGUCUACCAUCAAGGUGAUUCUUGGCUUACCGCUAACGAGCAGAAGAAGAAAAAGACCAAGAAAGACAAAGCCGCUUCCCCAACCAUGCCGGAAAUUGAAGAGUCCAAGCAAACCGCUGUUGUCUAUCUCAAAGAGGUGCAAGGUGAAGAAAACGAGGAAACACACGACGAGAAGGAGAAUAAGAAGAAACGCGAUUGGGGCUUCCACCUACCCUCGUUCAAAAUCGGAGGAAGCAGAAGGUCGACCAAAGAAGGCGAAGAGCCCUAUCCAAUCGUUUCUGAACCUUAUGAAGGCCCACUCGACUCUGUGGAUCGUGAGAACGAUCUCGAGAGACUUCCAUUUGAGACCGAGCCAGCAACCGACAACACCGAAGUCGUUGCUGUGCCCAGUGGUGAGGAAGUGGAAAUGACGAGAACCGCUGUCGUUUACCUCAAAGAGGUGCCAGGUGAAGAAAACGAGGAAACACACGACGAGAAGGAGAAUAAGAAGAAACGCGAUUGGGGCUUCCACCUACCCUCGUUCAAAAUCGGAGGAAGCAGAAGGUCGACCAAAGAAGGCGAAGAGCCCUAUCCAAUCGUUUCUGAACCUUAUGAAGGCCCACUCGACUCUGUGGAUCGUGAGAACGAUCUCGAGAGACUUCCAUUUGAGACCGAGCCAGCAACCGACAACACCGAAGUCGUUGCUGUGCCCAGUGGUGAGGAAGUGGAAAUGACGAGAACCGCUGUCGUUUACCUCAAAGAGGUGCCAGGUGAAGAAAACGAGGAAACACACGACGAGAAGGAGAAUAAGAAGAAACGCGAUUGGGGCUUCCACCUACCCUCGUUCAAAAUCGGAGGAAGCAGAAGGUCGACCAAAGAAGGCGAAGAGCCCUAUCCAAUCGUUUCUGAACCUUAUGAAGGCCCACUCGACUCUGUGGAUCGUGAGAACGAUCUGGAGAGACUCCCACUUGACACCACUCCAGUACCAGGCCAAAACACGACAACACCACCAGUCGUUCCUGUUUGGCCCAGUCCGCCACGAAGG